AUGCCAACGCCGUUCCGUCCUCGAUCACCGGUCUGUCCGCGAUCGAAUCCCAUGGGAAACCGCGAAGUUGGUCACUUCGAUGUUUCUUCCCAAACCACAUAUCUCUAUGGUUGUUUAUGGGGACCAACCUCCAAAAACCGGGCUAGGGUUGGCUUCCUCUCACUUCCUCAUAUUGGCUUCUCAUGCCGCCACCAUUCAGCGAAUAGGUGCUCUACCCGAUCCAUAGAUGCCCGACGCAAAACAGCUGCUACUUCUUUUUUGAUUCCUUUUUCAUUUGUGCACCUUCUCUUUGCAUCUUUUGCAAUUCUUUCCAUCUUCUCUUUCGUUUCUAUUUCUGUUCUUGACACCGCGACACUUUUUCAAUUUUUGUCACCUCUGUCAACGCUUUCUCAGUUCUUGCCAUCGUCUCUGUCGAUACUUUUUCAAUUCUUGCCAUCUUCUCUGUCGACACUUUUUAAAUUAUUGCCACCUUCUCCGUCGACACCUUUUCAAUUCUUGCCACCUUCUCCGUCGACACCUUUUCAAUUCUUGCCACCGUCUCUGUCGACACUUUCUCAAUUCUUGCCACCUUCUCUGUCGACACUUUCUCAAUUUUUGCUACUUUCUCUGUCGGCGCUUUUUCAAUUCUUGCCACAUUCUCUGUCGACACUUUUUUCAAUUCUUGCCACAUUCUCUGUCGACACUUUUUUCAAUUCUGGCCACAUUCUCUGUCGACACUUUUUUCAAUUCGUGCCACAUUCUCUCUCGACACUUUUUUCAAUUCUGGCCACAUUCUCUUGUCGACACUUUUUUCAAUUCUGGCCACAUUCUCUGUCGACACUUUUUUCAAUUCUGGCCACAUUCUCUGUCGACACUUUUUUCAAUUCUGGCCACAUUCUCUGUCAACACUUUUUCAAUUCUUGCCAAAUUCUCUACAUAUAUUAUUUUCAAAUGUCGAUAAUUUUUUGCUUCUUGCCACAUUUUCUGUCGACAAUUUUUUGCUUCUUGCCACCUUCUUUGUCGACACUUUUUCAAUGCUUGCCACCUUCUCUGUCGACAAUUUUUCGCUUCUUGCCAAAUUCUCUACAUAUAUUAUUUUCAAUUCUUGCUACUUUCUCUUUCACUUCAUUUUCCCUUCCUCCAUUCCCUUUCACUUCACAACUUCGCCUUUAA